AUGGUGAGCCGAACUCCGUAUCAGAAAUUAUUACUCAACCCCGAUAUAUCCACCGGCGAACGGACAAGUGGAAGCUACGAACAAGACUCUUCUCAGAACACAAAGAAGAAGCUCGGCAAAAAGAAAGGAGCUUGGGCAGAAUAUGUACCCGAGGUACUUUGGGCCUACCGCACCACGACACGCACUCCCACCGGGGCUACUCCUUUCUCUUUAACUUACGGUUCAGAGGCAAUUAUCCCUGCUGAAGUCGGAUCACCCAGCUUCCGAGUAUCACACUACAAUCCGGGACUCAACGACGAAGGAAUCAAGCUCAAUCUGGAUUUGCUACAAGAAAGAAGAGAUGAAGCGCAGGUAACAUGGGCUGCGUACCAAGAUCGAGCUGCCCGUUACUUCAACAAAAAAGUAAGCCCACGAAAGUUCCAACUCGGAGAUUGGGUUCUGAGAAAAGUAAGCCCGAUCACCAAAGAUCCAAUCGAGGGAAAGCUCAGAGCAAAAUGGGAAGGCCCAUACAGAGUUAUACGAUGCCACGACAAAGGGGCAUACCAUUUGAUUGAUACGACCGGCAAAGAAUUACCAAGAGCCUGGAACGCCGACCAUUUGAAGAAGUAUUUUAUGUGA